UAAACGUUAUCGGGCUAAGAGUGUAAACCGGGUCCACUCAUGCCAACCACAACAAUAACAACCACUACGCGGCAUAUCGUAUGCGCCCACUUCGGUGGAGGGAGGAAGAAGAAGCUGACGACGAACUGCAAGCCGAUUCCGAAGUUCCAAGUCGUCGCGGCCGUCCUCGAGCCAAGUGGCGGGUGCAAUGGCGACGCAGCCGACGCCACUCGCCGAUCGGCGACGCUGUCCCCGCUGGCUGCACGACCACUGGAGGCGCAUCGUACUCGUCGUGGUGCCGGCGCUUCUCACGCCCAUCUUCGUGUACCUGUCGCCCCAGCUCCGGUGCGUGUUCGAGAUCUGCGUGCUCAACUGCUUUUUGCUGGUCAACGAGAUUCCGGCCGCGAUCAGUGCCCUGCUGCCAGUGUUCCUGGUGCCCAUUCUGGGACCCAUGUCCACUGAGGAAGUGUGCGCCAUCUAUUUUGGGCCCUCUCAGCUGUACUUCGUCUCGGCCACGACCAUCGCCGCAGCCAUGGCUGAAUCGACGCUGGCGAGGCGCGCCGCGCUCCACCUGCUGGUCAGGUUGGGACCCAGCGCCACGAGCCUGCUGACGGCAGCCGCUCUUGGCAGCAUGAUCAUGUGCUUCGUAUUCAACUCGCUGGUGACGACGCUGCUGCUCCUCUCGGUCGUGGACGGCGUGUGUGACGAGCUCAGCCUCGUGCUCUUGGAUCCCCACAUCAAGCCGUUGCCCGAUGCGCGAAGCGACACAAUGGGAGAACCGACUCGCACCGACAAGUUGCCCACGGCGGAGAUCACACGAGCCGACAGCAUCGACACGCAGCGGGCCUCAGUUACCGACAAAUCGGUCCCGGAAGGCGCACCGGUCCAGGGUCGCCGAUCUUCAGUCACCGCUGAGGCUACCGGGGCGGCCCCCGAGAAUGGUGCGCCGUCUCCCGUUACGCGCAAUCACCGAGAGGAGCGGAGCUCCACGCUGUACGUAACGGCCGAGGACAGCGGACUCAUGGAGGGAAAUCGCAGCGCUUUCCGACAGCGCAUGCGCGAGUUCGCCUUGCUGCCCGAGGGAAACAUGCACGUCCUGAAGUACCGCCAGCGGCUACGCCGGUGCCUCCUGACGGCCGUCAUCUACUGCUCAACGCUGGCUUCAACAGCGCAGCUCCACUCCCCGGCCUUCAACGACCUGCUGGCAUACAUGGCCAAGGAGUAUCCCGAGUACCACGUCCUGGGCAGGUUCACCUUCACUUUCUACUCAAUGCCGACCAUCUUCCUGUGUACCCUCUACCUGUGGUGUUACCUGCUGAGGAGGAUGAAGGCGGAGCGAGCGAAGAUUCGCCAGGAAGAGCGUAGGCUGCCUCCGGGAGUGUUUGAGAACAGGCUGACCCUUCAUGGACACUGGAACUUCCGGGAACUCUCUACUUUGGCAAUCGCUAUCAUGGCGUUGGUCGUCUCAGCCAUUCCGAAGUCGGCGUGGACGUUCGUUUUCUCUAGAAGCCAAGUGACACCCGAAACCCUCGUUCUCCUGCUCUCGCUGUCGCUGUUCUCGCUUCCUGCGCAGCCAGGCACAGCAUCGACAGCUCCGGUGCUGCCCUGGGCGGCGGCCAGGGCCCGCUUCCCCUGGAGCUGCAUGGCGCUCACCGCCUGUGGGCAAGUGCAUGUCGUGUUCUUCCAGCGUUCCGGCAUGAACGACGUGCUGGUGUCGUGGGUGAAGAGCAUGUCCAACCAGACGUCGCGGUUGUUCCUUUCGCUACUGGGUGCCCUGUCCACAGUGACGGCCGAGCUGACAAGCAAGGACAGGGGCAUCUCGUUCCUCCUGCCCACACUGGACACCAUCAUUCGAGCCCGGAAGGUGAACCCCUUGAUGCUGAUGCUGCCCGUGACUCGGCUGGCCUCGGCCACCUUCUCUAUAUCGACGUCAUCGCAGAAUAACGCUCUGCUCAGGGAUUGCGGUGGCCUGUCGGCUCUUGACAUGAUUACCAUUGGAGGACAGCUACACAUCGUGUUCGCGGUGCUGGAGUUACUCAGCAUCCUGACAGUUGGUUACGCCAUGUUCGACCUGGAUUCAUUUCCUUACUGGGCACUCCCCAACGCAACCAGGACCACCGAGCGGAUAUGACGGACUAACGCGAGCCCGUCGUUUCAGGGCUUCGUGGUUUUCUUUAAGAUUGUCGUUUAAAUGUGUGCAAUAUAUUGCCUUCACUACUGUUGAACAAUUUGUGGUGUAGCAACACAUUUUCUUCGGCGAGUUCAUUCAUUAAAAAAAGUAAAAAUCAUAGCGCAAUAAAAACUGCGACAAAGACAGCGCACAGUAUCUUUUCC